AUGCCGACUCCACAACAAUCGCCGUUGCCCCAGUCGCGCGAGCUUGGCCUUGUUUCGCCUGAGAUAACAGUCACGAAACAAUCGCCAUUUGCCAAAUCUUGGCCCCACCUUGUCGCCGGAGGCGUCGGAGGCAUGACCGCAGCUGUCCUAACCGCACCACUCGACGUGCUAAAAACCAGACUUCAAUCCGACUUCUACCAGGCCCAGCUCCGGGCGGCGCGGGAGGCGGCAGGCCAGGCACGGCUUAGCCCCUUGAAGUCCGCCUCUUAUCACCUCCAGGAAACAAUACAGAUCCUGCGCGACGUACAUCGGCUAGAGGGAUGGCGCGCGCUGUUUAAAGGCUUGGGACCUAACCUUGUUGGCGUGGUUCCGGCACGGAGCAUCAACUUCUAUGCCUAUGGCACAGGCAAGCGCGCGUACUCUCAAUGGACGGGGGCGUCGCCGGAAAACCCGAUAGUGCAUUUAGCCAGCGCGGUAACGGCGGGAAUAGCGACAGGCACAGCGACGAACCCCAUAUGGCUGGUGAAGACGCGGUUGCAGCUUGACAAGAAUAACGCCGAGCGCAAGGGCGAUGUGAGCGCGCGGCGGUACAGGAAUAGCUGGGAUUGCAUCAAGCAGGUUCUGCGGGACGAGGGCCCGCGUGGUUUCUUCAAGGGCCUUAGCGCGAGUUACCUGGGCGUUACCGAAAGCACGUUGCAGUGGAUGAUGUAUGAGGAGCUCAAAAGUCAAUUGAGGCGGCGGAAGGAGAGGGUUGAGAAGAGCGGCAGGGAGAAGACUUGGUGGGACCAUACUGUCGAUUGGACGGGGAAUUUUAUGGGUGCUGGAGCGGCCAAGGGAAUUGCGUCUAUCUUGACAUAUCCACAUGAGGUUGCGCGCACACGUCUAAGACAAGCCCCGAUGGCGGACGGCCGGCGCAAGUAUACGGGCCUGGUACACUGCUUCAAACUCGUAUGGAAGGAGGAGGGCUUCCUCGGGUUAUAUGGUGGCUUGACCCCCCAUCUGAUGCGCACAAUUCCUUCUGCCGCGAUUAUGUUCGGCAUGUACGAAGGCAUCCUCAAGCUUCUUGGUGCGAAGAGCUAG